AUGCCUACCGAACUACCAUACGCAGCUGAAGCCGAGACUUCCUUGGGCUACGAGGAACUACAAGUAUUGAAGACGCAGUAUUACAAGGAGAUCGAACAGGGUCAUGUGACUACUCAGAGUAAAUUCAAUUAUGGCUGGGGUCUAGUCAAAUCGGGUAGUGCAGAGUACCAAACGGAAGGCGUGAAAUUACUACAAGAGAUAUAUUCCGCUUCACCCGCUCACCGAAGGGAAUGCACGUAUUACAUCGCUGUAGGCUAUUACAAAUUGAAGAAUUAUGCAUAUGCCAAGAGGUUCAAUGACCUCCUACUAUCCGUCGAACCAGAGAACAUGCAAGCUCAAUCCUUACGAACAUUGAUCGACCAGGCAGUUCAGAGAGAUGGAUAUAUAGGAAUGGGUCUCAUAGCGGGUGCAGCAGCAGUGACAGGGUUGAUAGUAGCAGGCUUGGUGAAACGUUCAAGGAGAUAA